CAACGCCCAAUGGUCUCUUGAUACGCUCUUUCGGAUCUCUCAGCCGUUCUUAUGACGUGAAGCUUUUCGGCAAUCGGUAACCCUGGGGCCUUUGAUUGGGCCUUGAUUCCUGAGACGGAGCUAUCAGCGGACUUGGGAUGAGGUUCCUUGCGCUGUCUCUUAGCACCUGACCCCUCCACAUUCUGUUGCCCAACUAUAAACACAUUUUACCUUCGCUUCAUUGCUACUCGUCUAUCUCCCGCGUAACAGGUUCUUUCGACCCUAACCUUCUUGGGUUGGCACGUUCAAAUACCAUCGAACCGAAAUCCCUUCCGACCCCGCUUCAAGCAGUAGAUAGAAACCUUUCCCCAUGGCUUCUUUCCUUACGGACCUCUGGUCCAGCGUCUUCACGCCAGGAGCGACGCCGACCUUACUCGUCGCAACGAACGCGACAUUUGCGGCCCUACAGGUGCUCCUACUAGCCCUUCUUGUUGCAACGCACAGCAUUCACUUUUUGGUUCUCUCCUGCCUAUGCGGCGCGCUGUGGUGGUCGAUAAACUGGUUUGUUGCGGAACUUGAUGUCGCCAAGGCAAAGGAUGCACGGGGCAAACAGGGUUUCGAUCAGUCUGCUGUUACUGGCAAGGAACCCUUGAUCCGACCGCCAGGCGCAAUCGACACUACGGAGAGCGAGACGGAGACCGAAAGCAUAACAGGCGGCGAAGAAGCCCAGUUGUCUAUGGCUGCUGCAACGCCUUUUAGCAGCGCCGCUACGGGCCGCAGACUACCCCCUUCUGCGUCGAAAAGGGAAUCUACACCUGCUGCAUCGAGCCAGCACUCAGUCCAGACUGUGACGGAAGGAAGUCAGGGAGAAGUGAGACGGCGACAUGCUCCUCAUGAUAGUUCGGGUUAUGUGAGUACGGAUAGCGAGUGGGAGAAAGUUGAGGAGGAUCGAUAGUUUGGGUUUCCGCGCAUACGCACAUAUAUACAAAUGCCCCCACAGAAGAGGUUUUAGCAUCAAUUUCUGCCAGCAAUGAUCUGAGCGUUGUACAUACUGUACUUUGCAUAUUUCGUCACUGCGAGCUUUGAUCAUUCCCACAUGAUAGUUCUUCAUGUACGGAUGAUAUCUCCCAUCUAUAUAUGGAUCUACAUUCAUUUUAA